AUGCCUCCCGCUGCUGCCUCUCAACUCCACUCAUACCAAUUUUCCAUGCUCAAUGUCAUAAUGUCAUUGUGUUUUCAUCAUUUGGAUAUUGCUGACUUGCAUGUCCCCCAGAUCCUACUACCUAAUGCCAAGCAUGUGGCAUGUGUGCUUGCCUCUGCUAUCAUUGGUGCACCUCCCCAGCACUCACUGCAGGCCAGCCCUUUUGGUUCACUCAUCACUUGGCUCUCAAAUGCUUCCAGCUUGGCUGCAGCAGACCCAACCACUACUCCUGAUGCUCUACCACCACCAGACAGACUCAAUGAGGCUGGCUCUUUUGCUGUCAUACUGGGUGUCUCAGCAUUCAUCAUCCUCAUAGGCAUGUAUCCAUUGUGGAGGAAAUUUCUCUGCUGCCCACCUGCCCUGUCCUGCAUCAAUGAUAACGAUGACAGCAGCAUCAACAACAACAUCCUGAGCUUCUUGAAAAUGGAUGUGGUCAGUGCUUCUACUAGUACUGAUGGCAAUGAGGUAUUCUGGAGUGCUGAUGUUGGUGCACAUGACCAAAUGACCAGCACUACCACUCUGGAGCAAUUGCUUCCCUUCCCAUGGCGAUUCAGCUACAAUAUGACUGUGAAAGUGCUAAGGCAGCACUGUACUGAGUUUGACCUCUGCCAGAUGGGCAGCAAGACCAUGCUGAUCAAACAGCUGGAGGAAUUCAGUCAUGAACCUGAUUCAUGGGACAGGACACAUACCUCAGCUGAAGUUGCAGUGCUGUUGCCAUGGGCUGAGAUGAUCACUAGAGAGUAUCAAUACCAGCCAAUGGAUAUUGCUGGUGCGGAGUCCUGUCAUACUCUUCUGACUACCAGUACAAGUGCACCCUCUGUUCCCUACAUUGAUGAGGAUGCCAUCAUCCAAAACAUGAGUGUGAAAAUUAUCAGCCUUGUUCAAGGUGCCCUCCAUGAGCCCAGUGCUGCUCAGUCCCUACCUAUACCAAACACUGAGGGCAUCACUCACUCCAGUGUCAAGAUCAUUGCAUCCCCAACAGGGAAGCCAUGGCUACUCCAGCUUGGAGAUGGCACCAUCUUGCAAGUGGAUACAAGUGAGAUUCCUGAUCCCCCUGCCAUCAGUUUUGCACAUGAUAUCCUGCACCUCAAUGAUAUGUGGGAUGACCAUACUGAACACUGGAAAGUCGAAUACUGGCCAUUACUCUAUUGCUAUGGCAAACAGCAGCAGUGGCAGGGCAUGAAGAAUAAGUGGAAUGAUUACCCUAAGCAGUUCUGGGCUACCUUCAGUGCCAAAGGAGAGCACAUGAAGUAUACCAUAAUCAUUCAGAAGUUGUGCGAUAUACACAUGCACACAGAGAGUUUGGUGCCACCUUUGACACUCAUUUUACCUACCAGAGGGGAGGACAAGACACCCAUGACCUCUACAGUGAUUGACCCCAUGCAGCACUUUGCUGGUUUGCAGAGUGUGCUUCCACUUACCACUGACCUCAAAAUGAAUGCCAAUAUUGAAGAAGAUGUUACAGCAGAACAAGAAACCCUGAUUGACCCUGAACAAAGUGCCCUGACAAUGACAAUGAAUAGAUCAAUGGAUGCUUCUGAGUUCACUAAACUGCAGGUGACUCUCAUGGAGGCUUCUAAGGGGAUCACAGAGGGCAUGGAUGCUGAAUACAAGAGGACAAGGCUUUUGGGGCCAGACAAGGACUUCUUCAACAAGAGACCACAACCAAAUGCUCCAUGGGUCAUUGUGGCCUGGAUUAUGAAUGUCAGCUCAAAGUCAUCCACCAAAGACCAGGGGACAUAUGGACAUGCUCAGAAGAUGCGAGCAUUGAUGACCUAUGCCUUUGCUGACCAUUUAACUGCUCUACUAGGUCCAAGCCAGAAAUAUUAUUUAAACUACACUAUCAUAACCACCUCCUUCAAAACUGGACUGUCCAAGCAUAUCAACCUAGCAGUUUUCACCACUUACCAGUACCAGUCUGAGACUGAGCAGCUUUUAGCAUGA